AUGAUCCGAGUCGAUGGUUCUCUAGACCGGCCCUUCUUAAGCAAUGUUUCAUAUCUUGAAUAUGCUGUACCAGGAGGAUUAAUUGGUGUUGGUACAAAGAUUGAUCCUACACUUUGCCGAGGAGACCGUUCAGUAGGACAUAUAUUGGGAGCUGUGGGAACGCUUCCUGAUAUUUUUACUGAAAUCGAAAUCAAUUUUUUCUUGUUGCGACGAAUCUUAGGAGUUCGUACCGAAGCAAACAAGAAAGCAGCCCAGGUUCAAAAAUUAACUAAAGGAGAGAUGCUUAUGGUCAACAUCGGGUCACUCUCUACUGGUUGCCGUGUUAUCGCUGUGAAAGGUGAAGCAGCCAAAAUCGCGUUGACUGAUCUCAUAUGCACAGAAAUCGGUGAGAAAAUUGCGUUAUCACGUCGUAUUGAAAAGCAUUAG